AAUGAUAACGAGUUUUUGGCACAGAAAAUGGUAGAAGACAGAAAUCCAUCACAAGAUACGGUACAGAUAAGUGGGCAUAUCGUACUUCAGAAUGUUUCUUAUGACAAGGAUGUCGUGGAAAUAAAAUUGCCAGAUACUGUUGAUUCUGUUAAUAAUGGCGGUAAUUUUGUCAAGGAUGUCUGUGUCGAUGAAGGGGCACUACUUUAUCGGAAUAUUUCAGAAGAAAAACUAGUAGAUAAAAGGUCAUCUCCAAAUUUCAGUUAUCAAAUGAUCGGUGCAAACAGUGACAUAAGAUAUGGGAAGAAAGAUGAUCCUAGAAAAUCUAUACACGAACUAAAACCAGAAGCGGUUGUACCAGUUGACGUUGCUCCUGACUGUAACAACGAGAAGCAAUACUCUUCUGGCAAAGAGUAUGAUCUUGAAGGCAUGAUUACUGCUGGUUACAUUGCAGGAGAUCCCAGUGAUAAGAAAAUUAGUUUGCAAGAGUUACUUCGCCUUGAAAGUGCAGAAGAAUCCCGGCAGGCAGCCACAAUAAACUCUGAGAGCAGUGAAAAACAUAAGCGCCCUCUUUAUGAAGAAGCAGUUGGACAGGCUUCCACAAAUGACCGUCAUGAAGUUCAAGCUAUUGCGCCCAAAACCAGUGAGCAUGUCAGUAGUGGUGUAUCAAGUAAGGACAAUACCAGCGGUUGCUCGGCAAUGAUGGCUGAAGACCAUGACGCAGCUGCAGCAUUAGAUGUGAGAGAGCCAAACAAAAUUGAUCGCUACAACCCUUUCGUUGAUCAUAGGUCACUAGAGGAUACAUCGGAACCUGAGUGCUCUAUACCAGCAAUCACAGAUCCUGCUUCCACUGAACCCAUCUGCACCGUUGACAAUACUGAUAGCUUUAGCGAUGUGGCAAGUGGCUCCGCAGGAUUAAAUGAAGUGAAAAUAGCUGAAUCCGGGGUGGAUGCUGUGAGUUCAAGUAGUUCAGACAUUCAAUCUGAAAAGAGCGAUGAUCACCGUGAAAGUCUUGCUAGCACGUCAAUCACUGGGCCAGUGGAGGAAACUGCAGUUGCUACAUCUUCAUCACCUAAAGAUGUCGAGCCUAGUGAUGCAAACGGCGAGAAUGAAGAAAAAUGUGCCAGUGAUGGUGUCACUGAUGUGCAUGCUUCCAAUCAGAUAGACGAAGAGAACUGUAUCGACACAGACGAUGCAAUCAGUAAGAGCUCUGCCCUUACCUGGGCAGUGGUUGAACAAACUGCACCUGAAAGUUCAAAUUCAGCAGCUCGCAUUGGCAGUGGCAAUCCCUAUGAACCGAACUUCUUUGGUCCCAGUAUCAUGUCAGCGCCGGCUUCGAUCUCCGGUCAUAUAGCGUAUUCUGGCAACACCUCUCUCCGGUCAGAUAGCAGCACAACUAGCACCCGGUCCUUCGCAUUUCCAGUGUUGCAGAGGGAAUGGAUCAGCAGCCCGGCGAGGAUGCCGAAGGCUGACCGCAGGCGCGCCAGGCCGCGCCGUGGCUUGAGGAAAGGACUCAUCUGCUGUAGAUUCUGAGUGUGGUCGCGCUCGCGUCUCUUCUCCUGCGGAAUUCAGCUCCUUACAUGGUGUGCACGAGAAAAGAAAAAACCUUGGGGGCCUGUUUGGAUUGAUGGUAUUUCCUUGGAAAGUUUGGGAUCGAAGUACAAAUUCGAGCUAAAUACUGUGUAUUCCAACGAAAUACCACUCAUCCAAACACCCCAGCCUCGGCUUUUUUUCUUCUUCUUCUUCUUACAAGUCUCAUUUGCACGCCAUAUAUACCCUGCUUCUUUAUUGAUCCUGGAGCAGGGUAAUGCAUGGCUUGUCGGAUUUGGCCGUGGUUUUGUGAUAGUUUGUAUGGUGAGUGAGGAGAGAAAAGGAAUGGUAUAUAGGUGCAGCGUAGAGAGAUGGUGCUUGGUAGAGAGAUGAUUUAGAUGUACAUCCUUCAUCCUUGCUGAGUUAAUUUGUUCUGCUGGUCUUUGUUGGUCUGAGCUAUAUACGUCACACCGUGCUAUAUACGUCAUUCAGAUUU